AUGAUUGAUGAUGAUGAUGAUGAUGAUGAUGAUGAUGAUGAUGAUGAUGAUGAUGAUGAUGAUGAUGAUGAUGAUGAUGAUGAUGAUGAUGAUGAUGAUGAUGAUGAUGAUGAUGAUGAUGAUGAUGAUGAUGAUGAUGAUGAUGAUGAUGAUGAUGAUGAUGAUGAUGAUGAUGAUGAUGAUGAUGAUGAUGAUGAUGAUGAUGAUGAUGAUGAUGAUGAUGAUGAUGAUGAUGAUGAUGAUGAUGAUGAUGAUGAUGAUGAUGAUGAUGAUGAUGAUGAUGAUGAUGAUGAUGAUGAUGAUGAUGAUGAUGAUGAUGAUGAUGAUGAUGAUGAUGAUGAUGAUGAUGAUGAUGAUGAUGAUGAUGAUGAUGAUGAUGAUGAUGAUGAUGAUGAUGAUGAUGAUGAUGAUGAUGAUGAUGAUGAUGAUGAUGAUGAUGAUGAUGAUGAUGAUGAUGAUGAUGAUGAUGAUGAUGAUGAUGAUGAUGAUGAUGAUGAUGAUGAUGAUGAUGAUGAUGAUGAUGAUGAUGAUGAUGAUGAUGAUGAUGAUGAUGAUGAUGAUGAUGAUGAUGAUGAUGAUGAUGAUGAUGAUGAUGAUGAUGAUGAUGAUGAUGAUGAUGAUGAUGAUGAUGAUGAUGAUGAUGAUGAUGAUGAUGAUGAUGAUGAUGAUGAUGAUGAUGAUGAUGAUGAUGAUGAUGAUGAUGAUGAUGAUGAUGAUGAUGAUGAUGAUGAUGAUGAUGAUGAUGAUGAUGAUGAUGAUGAUGAUGAUGAUGAUGAUGAUGAUGAUGAUGAUGAUGAUGAUGAUGAUGAUGAUGAUGAUGAUGAUGAUGAUGAUGAUGAUGAUGAUGAUGAUGAUGAUGAUGAUGAUGAUGAUGAUGAUGAUGAUGAUGAUGAUGAUGAUGAUGAUGAUGAUGAUGAUGAUGAUGAUGAUGAUGAUGAUGAUGAUGAUGAUGAUGAUGAUGAUGAUGAUGAUGAUGAUGAUGAUGAUGAUGAUGAUGAUGAUGAUGAUGAUGAUGAUGAUGAUGAUGAUGAUGAUGAUGAUGAUGAUGAUGAUGAUGAUGAUGAUGAUGAUGAUGAUGAUGAUGAUGAUGAUGAUGAUGAUGAUGAUGAUGAUGAUGAUGAUGAUGAUGAUGAUGAUGAUGAUGAUGAUGAUGAUGAUGAUGAUGAUGAUGAUGAUGAUGAUGAUGAUGAUGAUGAUGAUGAUGAUGAUGAUGAUGAUGAUGAUGAUGAUGAUGAUGAUGAUGAUGAUGAUGAUGAUGAUGAUGAUGAUGAUGAUGAUGAUGAUGAUGAUGAUGAUGAUGAUGAUGAUGAUGAUGAUGAUGAUGAUGAUGAUGAUGAUGAUGAUGAUGAUGAUGAUGAUGAUGAUGAUGAUGAUGAUGAUGAUGAUGAUGAUGAUGAUGAUGAUGAUGAUGAUGAUGAUGAUGAUGAUGAUGAUGAUGAUGAUGAUGAUGAUGAUGAUGAUGAUGAUGAUGAUGAUGAUGAUGAUGAUGAUGAUGAUGAUGAUGAUGAUGAUGAUGAUGAUGAUGAUGAUGAUGAUGAUGAUGAUGAUGAUGAUGAUGAUGAUGAUGAUGAUGAUGAUGAUGAUGAUGAUGAUGAUGAUGAUGAUGAUGAUGAUGAUGAUGAUGAUGAUGAUGAUGAUGAUGAUGAUGAUGAUGAUGAUGAUGAUGAUGAUGAUGAUGAUGAUGAUGAUGAUGAUGAUGAUGAUGAUGAUGAUGAUGAUGAUGAUGAUGAUGAUGAUGAUGAUGAUGAUGAUGAUGAUGAUGAUGAUGAUGAUGAUGAUGAUGAUGAUGAUGAUGAUGAUGAUGAUGAUGAUGAUGAUGAUGAUGAUGAUGAUGAUGAUGAUGAUGAUGAUGAUGAUGAUGAUGAUGAUGAUGAUGAUGAUGAUGAUGAUGAUGAUGAUGAUGAUGAUGAUGAUGAUGAUGAUGAUGAUGAUGAUGAUGAUGAUGAUGAUGAUGAUGAUGAUGAUGAUGAUGAUGAUGAUGAUGAUGAUGAUGAUGAUGAUGAUGAUGAUGAUGAUGAUGAUGAUGAUGAUGAUGAUGAUGAUGAUGAUGAUGAUGAUGAUGAUGAUGAUGAUGAUGAUGAUGAUGAUGAUGAUGAUGAUGAUGAUGAUGAUGAUGAUGAUGAUGAUGAUGAUGAUGAUGAUGAUGAUGAUGAUGAUGAUGAUGAUGAUGAUGAUGAUGAUGAUGAUGAUGAUGAUGAUGAUGAUGAUGAUGAUGAUGAUGAUGAUGAUGAUGAUGAUGAUGAUGAUGAUGAUGAUGAUGAUGAUGAUGAUGAUGAUGAUGAUGAUGAUGAUGAUGAUGAUGAUGAUGAUGAUGAUGAUGAUGAUGAUGAUGAUGAUGAUGAUGAUGAUGAUGAUGAUGAUGAUGAUGAUGAUGAUGAUGAUGAUGAUGAUGAUGAUGAUGAUGAUGAUGAUGAUGAUGAUGAUGAUGAUGAUGAUGAUGAUGAUGAUGAUGAUGAUGAUGAUGAUGAUGAUGAUGAUGAUGAUGAUGAUGAUGAUGAUGAUGAUGAUGAUGAUGAUGAUGAUGAUGAUGAUGAUGAUGAUGAUGAUGAUGAUGAUGAUGAUGAUGAUGAUGAUGAUGAUGAUGAUGAUGAUGAUGAUGAUGAUGAUGAUGAUGAUGAUGAUGAUGAUGAUGAUGAUGAUGAUGAUGAUGAUGAUGAUGAUGAUGAUGAUGAUGAUGAUGAUGAUGAUGAUGAUGAUGAUGAUGAUGAUGAUGAUGAUGAUGAUGAUGAUGAUGAUGAUGAUGAUGAUGAUGAUGAUGAUGAUGAUGAUGAUGAUGAUGAUGAUGAUGAUGAUGAUGAUGAUGAUGAUGAUGAUGAUGAUGAUGAUGAUGAUGAUGAUGAUGAUGAUGAUGAUGAUGAUGAUGAUGAUGAUGAUGAUGAUGAUGAUGAUGAUGAUGAUGAUGAUGAUGAUGAUGAUGAUGAUGAUGAUGAUGAUGAUGAUGAUGAUGAUGAUGAUGAUGAUGAUGAUGAUGAUGAUGAUGAUGAUGAUGAUGAUGAUGAUGAUGAUGAUGAUGAUGAUGAUGAUGAUGAUGAUGAUGAUGAUGAUGAUGAUGAUGAUGAUGAUGAUGAUGAUGAUGAUGAUGAUGAUGAUGAUGAUGAUGAUGAUGAUGAUGAUGAUGAUGAUGAUGAUGAUGAUGAUGAUGAUGAUGAUGAUGAUGAUGAUGAUGAUGAUGAUGAUGAUGAUGAUGAUGAUGAUGAUGAUGAUGAUGAUGAUGAUGAUGAUGAUGAUGAUGAUGAUGAUGAUGAUGAUGAUGAUGAUGAUGAUGAUGAUGAUGAUGAUGAUGAUGAUGAUGAUGAUGAUGAUGAUGAUGAUGAUGAUGAUGAUGAUGAUGAUGAUGAUGAUGAUGAUGAUGAUGAUGAUGAUGAUGAUGAUGAUGAUGAUGAUGAUGAUGAUGAUGAUGAUGAUGAUGAUGAUGAUGAUGAUGAUGAUGAUGAUGAUGAUGAUGAUGAUGAUGAUGAUGAUGAUGAUGAUGAUGAUGAUGAUGAUGAUGAUGAUGAUGAUGAUGAUGAUGAUGAUGAUGAUGAUGAUGAUGAUGAUGAUGAUGAUGAUGAUGAUGAUGAUGAUGAUGAUGAUGAUGAUGAUGAUGAUGAUGAUGAUGAUGAUGAUGAUGAUGAUGAUGAUGAUGAUGAUGAUGAUGAUGAUGAUGAUGAUGAUGAUGAUGAUGAUGAUGAUGAUGAUGAUGAUGAUGAUGAUGAUGAUGAUGAUGAUGAUGAUGAUGAUGAUGAUGAUGAUGAUGAUGAUGAUGAUGAUGAUGAUGAUGAUGAUGAUGAUGAUGAUGAUGAUGAUGAUGAUGAUGAUGAUGAUGAUGAUGAUGAUGAUGAUGAUGAUGAUGAUGAUGAUGAUGAUGAUGAUGAUGAUGAUGAUGAUGAUGAUGAUGAUGAUGAUGAUGAUGAUGAUGAUGAUGAUGAUGAUGAUGAUGAUGAUGAUGAUGAUGAUGAUGAUGAUGAUGAUGAUGAUGAUGAUGAUGAUGAUGAUGAUGAUGAUGAUGAUGAUGAUGAUGAUGAUGAUGAUGAUGAUGAUGAUGAUGAUGAUGAUGAUGAUGAUGAUGAUGAUGAUGAUGAUGAUGAUGAUGAUGAUGAUGAUGAUGAUGAUGAUGAUGAUGAUGAUGAUGAUGAUGAUGAUGAUGAUGAUGAUGAUGAUGAUGAUGAUGAUGAUGAUGAUGAUGAUGAUGAUGAUGAUGAUGAUGAUGAUGAUGAUGAUGAUGAUGAUGAUGAUGAUGAUGAUGAUGAUGAUGAUGAUGAUGAUGAUGAUGAUGAUGAUGAUGAUGAUGAUGAUGAUGAUGAUGAUGAUGAUGAUGAUGAUGAUGAUGAUGAUGAUGAUGAUGAUGAUGAUGAUGAUGAUGAUGAUGAUGAUGAUGAUGAUGAUGAUGAUGAUGAUGAUGAUGAUGAUGAUGAUGAUGAUGAUGAUGAUGAUGAUGAUGAUGAUGAUGAUGAUGAUGAUGAUGAUGAUGAUGAUGAUGAUGAUGAUGAUGAUGAUGAUGAUGAUGAUGAUGAUGAUGAUGAUGAUGAUGAUGAUGAUGAUGAUGAUGAUGAUGAUGAUGAUGAUGAUGAUGAUGAUGAUGAUGAUGAUGAUGAUGAUGAUGAUGAUGAUGAUGAUGAUGAUGAUGAUGAUGAUGAUGAUGAUGAUGAUGAUGAUGAUGAUGAUGAUGAUGAUGAUGAUGAUGAUGAUGAUGAUGAUGAUGAUGAUGAUGAUGAUGAUGAUGAUGAUGAUGAUGAUGAUGAUGAUGAUGAUGAUGAUGAUGAUGAUGAUGAUGAUGAUGAUGAUGAUGAUGAUGAUGAUGAUGAUGAUGAUGAUGAUGAUGAUGAUGAUGAUGAUGAUGAUGAUGAUGAUGAUGAUGAUGAUGAUGAUGAUGAUGAUGAUGAUGAUGAUGAUGAUGAUGAUGAUGAUGAUGAUGAUGAUGAUGAUGAUGAUGAUGAUGAUGAUGAUGAUGAUGAUGAUGAUGAUGAUGAUGAUGAUGAUGAUGAUGAUGAUGAUGAUGAUGAUGAUGAUGAUGAUGAUGAUGAUGAUGAUGAUGAUGAUGAUGAUGAUGAUGAUGAUGAUGAUGAUGAUGAUGAUGAUGAUGAUGAUGAUGAUGAUGAUGAUGAUGAUGAUGAUGAUGAUGAUGAUGAUGAUGAUGAU